AGGCGAAAUCGGGGGAGCGGAAAGGGGGCGGAAGAAGAGGGUGCAAGUCUGUUCCCCUCCACUGCACACUGAUAGCUCUCAAAUAGGACCUAGAGGGCACUGACAGCAAGAGGUAUAGAUGAAAGCGGUACUGCAGAGAGUCAAGGGGGCUUGUGUGCAUGUCGAUGGGAAGCUUGUGUCCAGCAUCGGACCGGGCAUCGUAGCCCUCAUCGGCAUCGGCACAGACGACACCAUGGACGAAGUGGUUCCGCUUGCCAACAAGAUCCUUAGUCUCAAGCUCUGGAACGAAGGACAGAAAGCUCCGCACAUCGUCACGCCUUCUCAUUACCCGCCAUCUACAGGGAGCGCUGCCGGACCAGCUGCAUCCAUGGACCCUGCAGUAGCAGAAGCGCCGGCUGGUGAUACGGCUGCGACGAGUCGCAAAGAGGAGGUGUGGGGCGGUAAGCCUUGGAAGGCGAGCGUGGUAGAGCUGGGAGGGGAGAUCCUCUGUGUCUCCCAAUUCACUCUCCACGCUCGUACAGCCAAGGGCACCAAGCCCGACUUUCACAAGUCCAUGGGAGGCAGCUCUGCCCUGCCAAUCUACCAAGCUCUCCUCUCCCGUUUGGGACAGGUGUACGAUGCGAAUAGGAUCAAGGAUGGCGCAUUUGGGGAAAUGAUGGACGUGACGCUCACCAACGAUGGACCGGUGACACUCAUUGUGGAUACCAGGGAUUCGCGGUCAGGAUAGACUUGGGCCGUGGAAGGUAACGGGUGACGGUCGUUUAACAAGUAAUGACAA